GCCAUGCAGAGCCAGCGAGUGCCCGGCGACAUCAUCGGUCACAAUGCCGUCCUCGGUGCUUUGGAGCACGGUGGUCAAUGGCCUCGCGCGGGGCAGCUGCUGGGCAGACUAGCCGACUACGGAGCCAGAUGCACCAGCAUCAGCUUCAAUGCAGUCGUCAGCGCCUGCGAAAAGGUUGCAGAGUGGCAGCGCGCACUGGCACUGCUGCCACAACUGGUGAGAAGCCAGCUACCCUUGCAGGAUGUGGGCAGCAACGCUGCGAUAACUGCGUGCCAGAAGGGCGAACAGUGGCGGAGAGCCACAAGCUUGCUGGGAUACAUGCGAGGCUGCAGUGCAACUGCCACAGAUGUGACGUGCAAUGCGUUGCUGAGUGCCUGCGAAGCUGGGGGCUGUUGGUUCCAGGACGGCAUGUGCUCGCGGCGGCCGAGGGAUUGAUGAUGCAGGCGCUGCAGCAGUCCUUCGGCAAGCGCCAAGGAAGCCAGCACCGGCUAAACGGCCCAGCCACAUAA